CGAGCGCGACUUGUGACGUCAGCGUCUUGCCGCGCAGUGAUGAUGGCGGCACGUGAACGCGCAGUGAAAGUAAUGGCUGCUGUGGAUCGGCGGGUUCCUAGCCUCGAUGAUUUCGUGGGUCAAAGCUGGACUGCCUGGACCCAGUGGGCUGCCGUGACAGCACCCGACGGUCCUGAUGUGGAUGAUUGCAGUAAAAAUGGCGAAAAGGCUGCAGAGGCAAUGUCACUCAGUAAGGAGGACAUGUCAAUCUUUGGCCUGUACCCAGGUCACGAUGACUUCUAUCUUGUGGUGUGUAGCCACUGUGGUCAAGUUGUAAAGCCACAGGCAUUUGAGAAGCACUGCGAAAGAAGACACGGCACUCUGGCCAAACUCUACGCGCGAAUUCGGUCUCCUACUCCUGCUCCCCAGCCCCAGCAGAAGCCCCUUCAUAGCCAUUCUCCUUCUCAUGGGACCGUUGCCAAUCCAUCUUCAUCGUGGGAUGGUCGAGGUCAAGCUGUCGGGUCAGCUCGACCAUCUGCCCCUUCCACACCACCCCAGCAUAGACCCGCCAAGAACUCAAAGGAAGGAGCACGACAUUUCCCACUGGAAAAAUCAUCCCAAGGCAGUCACACAGAUUCAUCGAUAUUCAAGCAGCUGCCACCUCUGGAGCCACCUCUCAGCUCUCCUCCCCCGUCCCUUAGAGACCCUCCUUGGCCGCACGGAGACACCCCACCUGGUAGACCAUCACACACGGAGAGGCCGGCCAGCCAAAGAAAGGAUUCUUCUCCAGCCUCUGUGGUACCAAGCCACCGUAUCCCCAGACCCUACAACAAAAUGGCCUCCAAAAGGGAGUGUGACUUGGACAAACACUGCGGUGUCCUGGACCCUGACAGGAAGAAAGUCUGCACUCGUCUCCUAACAUGCAACAUACACUCCAUCCACCAGCGUAGGAAGGUGCCAGGCCGCAGUAAAAAUUUCGACCAGUUGGUGGCCGAACUUAAGACGAAGGUUCGAGAGAAGGGGGCUCAAUCAUUGGAGGGAGGUUCCUCAUCUGGACGAUCCCCAAGUCCUGAAGCACCAAGAGAGCAAGCAGCAGGUCCACAUUGCCGCAGACCUUUGGCCACCCUCCCUGCUUUCGGUCGCUCUACGGGUGUAUCGGACGGCACCGCAGAGGACAACCGGCAGCUGCAGGAGGAGGGAAACCUCCGGGCUCCCUCCCCUCUCAUCCAUGGAACAAUCUCCAGUGACGAAAGUGAUGCAGAAGGAUCAGAAGAGCCUGUUGAGUUCUCAUCUUCUACCACUCACCCACGACCGCUAGCAAUGUGUUCGUUUGGAGGAAGUAUGUUUGGUCAUGGCAUCUACACGUUUGAUAGGAGGCUUCACCAUCUGAGGUCUGCUUUCAGCAGCAUGCUAGAGCAGCACAUCAGCGCACAUCUUUGGAAGAAAAUACCUCAAGCCACCGACCUUCAGUGUCCAACUUCAUCCACCAAGACGAACAGCUCUUCAUCUCCUGCCUCCAUAACCAGCGGAUCUCCGACCUCCUCGUCUUCGUUACACGCUAAAAUCCGUGCGGCCGCUCCCGUCAAGUCCUCUCUCAAACACGUCUCGUCCUCCUCCUCUUCCGGUCGCGUGGCUGCGAGACUAUCAGAGAACUCGGCUGGCGGCCUAGUAAGCAGUCAGCUCCUGUUGCCAGGUAACCCAGUGUCGGUGCAUCCUACAGGUCCAGGACGGCCUAAGAACCCAGUAGGGCGUCCUAGCAAGCAGACGCUGAAGCAGCGAGAGGAAGCUCCCUUCACCGCCAUAGUCCAUAAACGCAAAGCUCCGCCUCAGGAGGAACAUUCAGGCCCCAACAGGAACUGCGUUAUUCCACAUGAGCGAGGCCGCCCUCUUUCCUCCGCUUCUUCCACCUUCUCUUCCUCCUCUAAGGCUCCCAUCCUCUCAUCUUUUCCGCACGGACAGACCAAUGGCACGCUUCCUUCUGGCAGCAAACCCCGCCCCCAGCCCGCUCCCUCAGAGUCACACUCACCGUCUUCUAAAACAGUUUGGACGUACAGACGGACACACCCGACAGCGGGACAUUCUUCACCUCCACAUUCCUCGUCUGUCCACAACUCACACAGUCGCAGCGCCAUGGCGGACUCAGGACUGCAUGGUCACGGCAGUGGGAGGAGUUUCGAGGGUUUGAUCAAAAAACGCAAAGGAGGCGGCCUUGAGGAGCAGUCGCCCUCCUCCAAAUCCUCAAUGCACCGCCUGCCCUCUUCCUCAUCAUCAUCAUCAUCCACUCCUGCCUCCUCUUCUCCGCGCUCCAACUUCUACCCUUGGAAGGACAGUAAGGCUGGAGGUUUAGAGAAGAAGAUGGCGACCCAGAAGCCAAAACUGCACCAUUAAUUGUUGCUGCCUUACAAGCCACUAGAGGGAGCCAGAGCCACUCGGUCCAAGACCGAUGCGACAGGACUCUGCGUGCGUGCGCGUGUGUGAGUGAGUGAGUGUGUGAGAGAGACAGCCUGCACUUUGUAUGAAAUAUAUUUGUGUUAUGAAUUUAUCAAGGAGGUGUUGGGAUCAAAUGGAUGAAUAUGGAUUUAGAAAUACCUCAAGAUCAUCUGGUUAUGCUGCUAAAUGAAAUAUGUUGAUUUAUUAAAAAAAACAAGAUUAAAAAAACUCAUUUAUA